AAGACGACGCGGUAAAGAAAACAAAUAUAAACGCCCGCCCGUCCCUAGUUCAGCUGUUCACUUCUUUUUCUCCUUUAAUCUUAUUUGUUUUUUUUUGUUUUUUUUUCUUUCGUACGAUUUGUCACAGCCCAGACGAUCUUCUAUAGAUCUGGAACGAUUCGCGAUCUUCCGAAUAAACUGGACGUACUUAUCAUACUUCACCGACGGUUAUUUCGGUCCGUUGGAUUUUCCCACCAUCUAAUAAAUUUUUUGGAUGAGAAAGAACGAGAGAAUCACACGUUCAGAUGCUCAAUAGUUUCCCUCCGCGAUCAUCGAUAAUUAAUUCCGAUAGUUACCCUACCGCCGAAACAGUGAGAACGGAAGUUGACAAUUCAAAGUUGCAACGCAGAAUCUUUGCAAGUUUCAAAGUCCGACGCAUCUUUGAAACGCUGCAGAAUCUAGUGAGAAAUGCCACUCGCAGCGAUCUAACAGUAAGAAGAAUUUUCAAAUCGCGCGCAUACCUCGGACGUUGAAAGAGGUAAAAAAGGGGUAAUAAAAGCAAGCCCUACGAUAAAAGAAGAGAAGCAUAAUCUCGGCGAUUCCUUCGAGGCCAUAUCAUAAAAAUACGCAUAAUAUUCCGAUUCCGUAUCAACGAUGCUUGUCUCUAGCACGGUUUUGCUCCGGUGUAUAGGUGAAGCCGAUCCAUAGGCACACAGUUCGCGUUUAUAUGUCAGCUAUGGACGUGCGUAUGGUAUACUUUGCAUACCUAUCAUGUAUACCGACGUUCGUAUACAACAAUAGUCGCUGUUUAGAUGUCGACCGUGUUAUAACCACGCUUUUAUUUUCAGAACGCUAGCUAGACUGGAUUAAAAUCCAAUGCCGGCGUUUGUUCGCGGUAUUAACCAUCGCGUCAAUCAGUCCUAACAUAUGUCGUUUGGAAGCAACCAGUUGGUGUCAAUUUUUUAGUAUAUCUUUUUUCAUCCCCGUCAACUCCCGUGAGCCAUGUCGGAAAAGCCUCGAAUCUCCAGCCCGCUGUGUACGGAUGAUUUUCAAACUCGAACGUGCGGCGUGUAGAGAGACUUUGUUUUUUCCUGCGCGAGACCCCUUCCACCCCCUCAGGCGAAGGGAUGUAGAAUCAUUCGAUUCUGUCAAAAGGAGAAAUGGAGAAAAAAAACUAUCAAUAAAAUCCUUUCGUAUCUCUCCGAUCAUCCGGGGCGAGUCCUGCGGAAAGCGGUAGCACCGGUGUAUCGGCAUUGGAGCUGUAUAAUAAGCGAAGGAAGCUGCGUGGUGCGAAACUGAAAAGCGGGGGUGCGCGUCGCGACGCCUAAAAGGGGCGUCUGCGCGGUUUAUUGAUCGCGCAGACUCAACGAAGGUGACACAGUCAGGGGUUGCAGGCAGGGUUGUUGCCCGGUGGCACCGCACGUGGUGUACCAGCAGCGUCACGACGCCCGCGACGUCUGCGCCGGGGUUCCCUGCGUGGAUCGCGAACUCCUCGCCCUCGCUACGGAGCUCGGAAACCCCCGCCUCACAGGGCGAGAGGGCUGAAGCUCGUAUCCCGCACUGACACAACUCGGUGUCAUGUAGCGAUUUAGGUUAGCCUUCGUAACAGAUUUUCAACACGAAAUACGCAAAUGGUUUACAAUAGUCGCGCGAUAUCGCGCGAACAUAUCGCGAAUCACACGUGAACACUGACCAAAUUAUUCGUCGGUUGACAAAUCGAAAAUCAACGGACUUCGAGAGAAAUCGAAGAAAAGAAAAAAAAAAAACAACGGAACGGCUACAUGCAGAGUUAAGGAAGUAUUCGGGUUCGAUGGAUUCAUCUUGACGGAAGGGAACGCUCGAUGAAAUUUCAAAAUGCUGCCUAACGCGCUACUGUUGGUCAUCACGGUGGGCAUUUGCCGGGGUAAUCCCGACGCGAAGCGUCUCUACGAUGAUCUCUUGUCGAAUUACAAUCGUCUGAUUCGCCCAGUGACCAACAAUACCGACACGGUGGUCGUCAAACUUGGUUUGAGAUUGUCGCAACUCAUAGACUUGAAUCUGAAGGACCAAAUCUUGACGACGAAUGUUUGGCUGGAACACGAAUGGCAAGAUCACAAGUUCAAGUGGGAUCCCUCGGAGUACGGCGGCGUUACGGAACUCUACGUUCCAAGUGAACAUAUUUGGCUUCCGGACAUCGUUCUUUACAACAAUGCCGACGGUGAGUACGGAGUAACCACCAUGACGAAAGCGGUGCUUCAUCACACGGGUAAGGUACUCUGGACUCCGCCGGCGAUCUUCAAAUCCUCCUGCGAAAUUGACGUCAGAUAUUUUCCGUUCGAUCAACAAACUUGCUUCAUGAAAUUCGGUUCUUGGACGUACGACGGGUUUCAGAUCGAUCUGAAGCACAUUAAUCAAAAUAUGGGAGACAACAACGUCGAGGUGGGAAUCGACUUACGGGAGUAUUACCCUAGCGUGGAAUGGGACAUUUUGGGAGUGCCGGCUGAACGUCAUGAGAAAUACUAUCCCUGUUGUACGGAGCCAUACCCGGAUAUAUUUUUCAACAUCACCCUCAGACGCAAGACCCUCUUUUACACGGUGAAUCUGAUCGUACCUUGCGUCAGUAUUUCCUACCUAUCUGUCCUUGUUUUCUACCUACCGGCGGAUUCCGGUGAAAAAAUUGCCCUCUGCAUAAGUAUACUCCUAUCGCAAACUAUGUUCUUUCUCCUUAUAUCAGAAAUUAUUCCUUCGACAUCUCUCGCUCUUCCGCUAUUGGGAAAAUAUCUCUUGUUCACUAUGCUUCUCGUCGGUCUUUCCGUCGUUAUUACAAUUAUAAUUUUAAACGUUCACUACCGGAAACCGAGUACUCACAAAAUGGCACCUUGGGUUAGAAAGGUUUUCAUACGAAGAUUACCGAAACUCUUACUCAUGAGAGUCCCGGACGACCUUCUGAACGACCUAGCCGCCCACAAGAUACAAGGCAGAAGUCGCAGUAACAAGAAAAAUAAAUUCAACUCCGCCGUUGCCGCUGCGGCACAGGCAUCCUCCAGAGUCUCGUCUCCGGAUUCCAUGCGGCAUCAGCGACCCGGUGGAUGUAACGGGCUCCAUACAACAACGGCGCACAACAGGUUCUCAGGACUGGUCGGUGCCCUUGGAGGUGCCAUAGGCGGAUACAACGGGCUACCCUCGGUAAUGUCCGGUCUCGACGAGAGUAUGAGUGACGUUACACCGAGAAAAAAGUAUCCCUUCGAGUUGGAGAAGGCACUUCACAACGUGAUGUUCAUCCAGCAUCACAUACAACGUCAGGACGAAUUCAACGCUGAAGAUCAAGAUUGGGGCUUUGUGGCCAUGGUGCUCGACCGGCUAUUCUUGUGGAUAUUCACAAUCGCCUCUAUAGUCGGAACUUUUGCCAUCUUAGGCGAAGCACCAGCUUUGUACGAUGACACAAAACCGAUAGACAUGGUGCUCUCGUCGGUUGCUCAGCAACAGUUCCUACCACCUGAUCAGGACUUACUUUAGGCCUAACAACGGGGAGGAGAUUUUGACCGGAGUUUUUACACUCGGAUCGAUUCAGCCAUACAUUUUCUGAUAUCGAGUUAUUAUCUAUAUCAAUUACAAAAAUAGAAACGAGGGCUCACCCCGAAGUAGAAGCCGAUAUUCAAGGCGCCGAAUUCUGAAUAUUCUGGUUUUAUAAGGGCCACUAUUUCGUUAGUCGACUACGGGUGAGUUUUAAAAUUUACGUUCAUAUACUCAUCUCUAUGUAGGUGCGUUGUUGAAGGUCGCCAUUUUCUCUUUCGGUGAAGGAAAAAUAAAAAAAGUGAGAUAAAUUAAAUUAUCUGAUUAUACAGAAAAAAAAGAAUAUAUAUAUAUUAUACAUACAUACUAGAAGUGGAAUGGUGAAUUUGUAAAUCUCUCGUUUGUACGCGAUGUUCCACCACGUAGAAUUAUGAAGUUGUCAGAGAAAAAGCAGACAAGUCAUGCGUUCAUUCAUCUUAUGAAAAAUUCAUCCUAUACGUGAAACGCACGUCGAUCUCAUUAAUUAAGCACUGAAUUUUGAUCGAGCCUUAACAUUCAUUGAGAUAAAAUGAUCUUGUUAAUGUAGGUAUAUUAGGUGUGUACGUACUAAUUACUGCGUGGUAAAUAAUCUGAAUUUCCUUUUUUCGUAAUAGCGAAAAAUUUUAUCAAAAAUCAUGUAAUGCAACGGUGCCAAUUAAUAUAAUAGUAUUAUUAAUGAUAAAACAUGGAAAAACAAAAAAGAAAAGAUAAAACUGAAUUAUUGUAAUAAAUUAUUAUAACUAAUUACUGAUUAUUGUAUAAUCUUCGAUAAAAUGAUUCACGAGGCGCUCAAAUUAGUCUUAUUGUAAAUGGGAUUUGGACGGUAUUCGGAUCAGGACGGUGAAGAGGAUGAGCGGAAGGUACGUGACGAUAAUAGAAUUUAAUGGAAGAAUCAAAUCUUUUCUAUUUAAGAAUGUAGGAGUCGUUGAGGGUGAAUACUAUAACCAAAUUAUUUAAUAUGUAACUCUUGAUAAAAAUAAACUCCUAUAAGACGAAUAAA